UUCUACGCAUAUAGAGAUCAAUGAGCAAGUUUUGCAAAACAGAACUCAAUCACAACUGAUCACAACACAACUCAAUGCAAAUUGCAAAACAACGCUGAAGACCGGAAAUGCGAUAUAAGUAUUUAUAAAAUCUUGCACAUUUUGUUGUUUCUGGACCGAAUUACAGACGUUUUGUCACCAUAGUAAAGUAGCUAAGAAUAUUAAGAUUUCGUAGCGUAAGAUGUUUCCUGCAUCGCAAAAGAAAAACAAGUCACUUGAUAACAACAACGAAGCGUCAUCGUCAAUGACUUAGCUUGAAAGAAAAAUUCGUGUUAAAACAAGACUUAAGUGAAAAGAAUGUGCAGUCCCAGUGUUAAAGAUUUGUCGCGAAUGAGAAAUAAUCCUGAUUUUCUUAACUGGAUGGCUGUGGGUGAAGCUCUUGUUGUCCUUAGCAAUGGCCUUCGCAAGCAUGCUGAGAAAAAAAUGAAAGAAUUUCAUGCCCUAAUAACAAAAAGAGUUGGUGGACCUGGAGUCAAAUGCCAUUGCAAGUAUAGCCUUGGUAAGAAACCAAAUCCUCAUGGACAAUUAACAACAUCUUGCAUUUGGGCUCGGAUGUUAAAAACAUUUCAUGUUUUUCCACGAAAAGGUGACAUUCCUUGGCAUCAAAGUCAUGGAAGUAAAUGGGAUGAUCCAGUCCAUGGAUACUGGGAGAUUGCCAAAUUGUUUAUGUCUGAUUUAGGAAAAAAUCAGGCUACAACUAAAGACCCUUCUACCACUGAUAGUGGACCCCUUCUUACCUUGUUCAUAUUUUGUAACUAUUUCAAGAUUCAGCAGUCUCCAUUAGGUGCUGUUAAAGAUUGGCGGAAUAAGUGGGCUCAUGCACCAGAUCAUACACUUUCAGACAAAGAAAAGAAAGACGCUUUUGCUGACAUUGAUUGGCUAAUAACAGACCCUGAGUUAGCUUGUGUCAAAGAAAUAGAGGACUGUCGCGAAGCUAUUAAAAAAAUAGAAAGCACAGAUAUCUUGAUUUUACCAAGUGAAGAGUUAAAGAUUUCUCAGGAAUGUCGACAUAUUCAGGAAUGUCACAGUCAAGAACUGAAAAAGGAAAUAGAGGUGGCAAAAAAUAAAAUAGAAGAGGCAAAAGAUAAAAUAGAAGAGGCAAAAGAUAAAAUAGGGGAAACAUUCAAGGUUUUUGCAAAACGUGAGAAAUUGGUGAAUAUUUUGAUUCAAGUAAUUUCUGUUCUUCUUGCAUUGUUGCCAUUUACAUCGUCCCGUCUUUUGCAUAAUAUUCCUGUGAAGCUGUUUUCUUUAAUGGCAUUUUUUAUGUUUUCUCAAGUUGGUGAUAGAUCAAGUAUAAUAUCAGAUUAUGGUUGCCCUAAUGCUGAUAAAAAAUCUCCAUUACAUCAGUUCCAAUUGCAAGAAUUCGAUUUUUCCCCCUACCUUGCAUACAAAAGAGAAGGAUUUGUUGGUCGAAAAUGGUUUUUCUAUGAAUUAGAAAAUAUCUUUGAAAGAAGGGGAGACCAAGAAAGUGCUGGUGUCCUAAUAACUGGAGCGCCUGGUUCAGGAAAAACAGCAUUAAUGUCAGAACUGAUUUGUUCACCAUUUUCAAGCUUGUUCAUACACGAUAAUAUCAUUGGCUAUCAUCUGUGUGAAUACUCCGAGAAGGGAAAACGCGAUGGUGCAAGAUUCGUGCGUAAUUUAGUUGACCAAAUUGCAGCUCGGAUCCCGGGAUAUGCCAAAUACGUCAAAAACAACGAACAAAUACGGACAGAACUAGAUAGUCGUUGUCACAAGGAUCCCGCGGGCUGUUUCUUCACCACAAUAGUGGGUCCUUUACGAAAGCUAAAGCAUCCCGAUGGGCUCCGCUUUAUUGUAAUAGACGCCUUGGACGAGUGUUUCGAAAGUAAGUUAAAAACAUCCGAAAUCAUGGAAAUUUUAGACAGUAAGAUACAACAUUUUCCAAAGUGGUUGAAGGUCGUAUUAACCUCCCGAAAUCUGACCUCAGUUACAUCAAAACUUCCUAGAAUGAUCGAUAGGGCGCCGUUGUAUGCCACAGACGAACGAAAUGUAGAUGAUAUUCGGUACUAUAUAUCACGUUUUAUAUCUGAGAAUACGCAUUUCUUAGACAGAUUGUUAACAGCGAUGAAUAUUCGAUCAAAAACAGAUGGUAUGAAGAAUAUUUCUGGAUAAAGUGAUUAAACAAGCAGAAGGAAACUUUUUGUUUGUAAAAAUGACUCUGCAAUACAUGAAUGAUACGGGUCAUGCAAUUGACUCCCGCUCUUUACCAAC